AUGGCCGCGGAGAAGCUCAGGGAUUUGAGUCGACCUAUUGAUGUGCCUUUACUCGAUGCCACCGUCGCUGCCUUCUAUGGCACCGGAUCCAAGGAACAGGUGGACUCGGGAAAUAAAAGUCUUGGUAGUGAUGUCAAUAGAACUGCUGCUGACCAGAUUUUGCGCGAUUUGCAAAAUAACCCUGAGAUGUGGCUCCAAGUCAUGCACAUUUUACAGAACACUCAAAGCCUAAAUACCAAGUUCUUUGCCUUGCAGGUUAGAUUGUUUGAUGAUCCAUUCCAGGAAUCUGAUCCAUUGACAUACCUUAUUAAAGCAUCUAGAUCAAAUGUUACUUGUCGAGUUCUUGAAUUUAAGCACAGUUCACUGUUGGAGUCCACAGACAUGGCUGCCACAUGCAAACAAUAUUCUGCUUCGAACUUUGACCCAAUCCCAUUACUUGCUAGUGUAGUUUCUGCUCAUGCAUGGCAUUUUCUGAUCCACUGCUCGACACCUUUCUCUGUUCGCCACUGGCCUCUGUUCUUGUUGUUUUUUGCUGUUCUAGAAGGUGUAAUUAAAUAUAGAUGGAAUGCAUUACCUGCAGAGCAGCGAGAUGGAAUGAAAAAUUUCAUCUCUGAUGUUAUUGUACAGCUUUCUCGUGUUGAAGCAUCAUUUCGAACAGAGCGGUUGUUUUACCUUUCACUUAAUUAUUCUAUUUUGAAGCAUGAAUGGCCAGUGAGAUGGAGAAGCUUCAUUCCUGACCUUGUAUCAGCAGCUAAAACUAGUGAAACAAUUUGUGAGAAUUGUAUGGCAAUAUUGAAGCUCUUGAGUGAAGAAGUUUUUGAUUUUUCAAGAGGAGAGAUGACUCAGCAGAAGAUAAAAGAUCUUAAACAAUCAUUAAAUAGUGAAUUUCAGCUCAUACAUGAGUUGUGCUUAUAUGUGUUAUCGGUGUCCCAAAGAACUGAGCUCAUUCGUGCAACACUGUCUACGUUGCAUGCCUUUCUAUCAUGGAUUCCUUUGGGCUAUAUAUUUGAAUCACCAUUGCUCGAGACGCUACUAAAAUUUUUCCCAAUUCCUGCAUAUCGGAACCUGACAUUGCAAUGUUUAACUGAGGUGGCAGCCCUUCAAUUUCGGAAUUACUAUGAUGCUCAUAUUAAGAUGUAUAACAUAUUCUUGGUUCAGUUGCAGACCAUACUUCCGCCCACUACUAAUAUACCUGAGGCAUAUUCACAUGGUUCAAGUGAGGAACAAGUUCAUAUUCAAAUUCUGGAAUCCACUCAAGAGAAUAUAUCUGCUUUGCUAUUGGGUCUUGAGUAUCUCAUCAACAUCUCGUAUGUGGAUGAUACUGAGGUUUUUAAGGUCUGUCUGGACUACUGGAAUAUCUUGGUUGCAGAACUGUUUGAGCCACACCGUAGUUUGGAGAACCCUGCAGCAACAGCAUCAGCCAUGAUAGGACUCCAGGUCCCUGGUAUGGUUGAUGGCAUUGGUUCACAGCUUCUUCAGCGCCGGCAACUUUAUGCUGGUCCAAUGUCAAAGUUGAGAAUGCUUAUGAUUUGUCGUAUGGUGAAACCCGAGGAGGUUCUCAUAGUUGAAGAUGAAAAUGGGAAUAUAGUGCGGGAAACAAUGAAAGACAAUGCUGUUCUUGUCCAAUACAAGAUUAUGAGGGAGACUCUUAUUUACUUGUCACAUCUUGACCAUGAUGAUACUGAAAAGCAGGUAUCGCUAGUUGUUGGGGAUUUGGGCAGUUUGCAUGAGAUGCUGAGAAAGUUAAGUAAACAGCUUAGUGGUGAGGACUGGACGUGGAACAAUUUGAACACCCUGUGCUGGGCAAUAGGAUCUAUAUCUGGUUCCAUGAUGGAAGAGCAGGAAAACAGAUUUUUGGUUAUGGUCAUUCGUGAUUUAUUAAAUCUAUGUGAAAUCACAAAAGGAAAGGAUAACAAAGCUGUUAUUGCAAGUAAUAUCAUGUAUGUUGUGGGGCAGUAUCCACGGUUUUUAAGAGCUCAUUGGAAGUUUCUUAAAACUGUUGUGAACAAGUUGUUCGAGUUUAUGCAUGAGACACAUCCUGGUGUUCAGGAUAUGGCUUGCGAUACAUUUUUGAAAAUAGUCCAGAAGUGCAAGCGUAAAUUUGUAAUCACCCAGGUUGGAGAAAAUGGUCCAUUUCUUAAUGAACUUCUUGCUCUCCUUCCAGAUACAAUUGCCGAUCUUGAACCCCAUCAAAUACACUCGUUCUAUGAAUCUGUCGGUUACAUGAUUCAAGCAGAGUCUGAUGUCCAGAAGAGAGAUGAAUACGUCCAAAAGUUGAUGGUUAUGCCAAAUCAGAGUUGGAUGGAAAUUAUAAGUAAGGCACGUGAAAAUGUUGAUUUUCUGAAGGAUCAAGAUGUAAUCCGAAAUGUUCUUAGUAUAUUGCAGACAAACACGAGUGCUGCAUCUGCUUUAGGAACAUAUUUCCUGCCACAGAUCACAUUAAUUUUUUUGGACAUGUUGAAUGUUUACAGAAUGUAUAGUGAGCUUAUAUCAAAAAGUAUUGCUGAGGGCGGACCUUUUGCUUCUAGAACAUCCUAUGUGAAACUUCUACGUUCGGUUAAGAGAGAAACACUUAAACUGAUUGAUACAUUCUUGGACAAGGCUGAGGAUCAACCACAUAUUGGAAAACAUUUUGUGCCACCAAUGAUGGAUCCUGUUUUAGGAGAUUAUGCCAGGAAUGUGCCUGACGCAAGGGAAUCAGAGGUUUUGACACUUUUUGCCACAAUUGUAAACAAAUAUAAAGCUGCAAUGAUUGAAGAUGUCCCACGCAUAUUUGAAGCUGUUUUCCAGUGCACACUGGAGAUGAUUACAAAAAAUUUUGAAGAUUACCCAGAGCAUCGGCUAAAGUUCUUUUCAUUACUACGUGCCAUAGCUACCCAUUGUUUCCCUGCUUUGAUCUGCCUGUCAAGUCAGCAACUGAAGCUUGUUAUGGAUUCAAUAAUAUGGGCAUUUCGGCAUACAGAAAGGAAUAUUGCUGAGACUGGGCUGAACCUGUUGUUUGAGAUGCAGAAGAAGUUUCAGUGGGUCAUCAUUAAAGAUCAAGACUCACAUGGACGUGACAUCUCUAUUGUGGGUGGUGUGAGAAUUUUGUCCUGCGAGUACAAUGACAUCUCUGUCAUUUGGGUUUGUUGUCUUCGUUGCGUGGGUGCUGCAGCGUCUAUAUCGCAUGGACGUUGUGGCAUCUCCACUGUUUGGGUGCUGCAAACUCUCCAUCGUGUUGAAUUGUGGAGCUCAAAUUGUGGAGCUCUGAUGUUGUUUGUCAUGCCAGAUCUGGUGCUAACUGUGCUGGUAUUGGCGUGUAAGCGGGGUUAUUUUGGUGCCUAUCAGGUUGGUUGUUGGUGUGGAUACUGGUUCAAUUUUCUGAUCGUGAUGGUUGUGGAUUCUUUUGGCAUUGCUAUGGCAACUGGUGGUGGUGCUGCAGCUGUUACUUCUUCAGCUUGUGCAGCUGGUGAUGGUUGUGGAUUCUUUUGGCAUUGCUAUGGCAACUGUCACUCUCAUGGCAACACAAUUGUCAUUCUCAUACUUGUUUUUCUGUUGUUCUUCUUUCCUCUCUCUGCUGGCAAGACUUUGCCUAUCGUAUCAGAGUUCUGUAAUCAGUUUUAUCGGACGUACUUUUUGACAAUUGAGCAAGAGAUAUUUGCUGUCUUGACAGACACUUUUCAUAAGCCUGGCUUCAAAAUCCAUGUCCUGGUGCUUCAACAUUUGUUCUGUCUGGCCGAAUCUGGUUGCCUAACUGAGCCUCUCUGGGAUGCUGCUACAAAUCCUUAUCCUUACCCUAGUAAUGCAGCUUUUGUUCGUGAGUUCACAAUAAAACUUUUAAGCACUUCAUUUCCCAACAUGACGGCUUCAGAGGUUACCCAAUUUGUUAAUGGACUUUUUGAGUCAACAAAUGACCUUGCCGUAUUUAAAACACACAUCCGAGAUUUUCUUGUACAGUCAAAAGAAUUUUCAGCUCAGGAUAACAACGAUCUUUAUGCCGAAGAGGUUGCAGCUCAGAGAGAGAGGGAAAGACAAAGAAUGCUUUCUAUUCCAGGACUUGUUGCCCCAAGCGAGUUGCAAGAUGAAAUGGUUGACUCAUAG